CCUACUUCUCACGCUCCCACAUCCCCCGCCUCCAGACCUCAAGGGUAGAGGUGGGCGCCCCCGCCUCCGCACUUUUGCGCGGGGCUCCGGAUUGUAGGGCAGGGCGGCGCUUCUCGGAAAGCGAAAGCCGGCGGGGCGGGGCGGGGCGGGGCGGGUGUCGUAGGAGAAAGAGGAAGCGCUGGCAGACAAUGCGACCCGACCGCACCGAGGCUCCAGGACAGCCCGCCAUGGCUGCAGGAGGUCCCGGCGCUGAGUCUGCGGCCCCGGUCUCCUCCACAUCCUCCCUUCCCCUGGCUGCACUCAACAUGCGAGUGCGGCGCCGCCUAUCCCUGUUCUUGAACGUGCGGACACAGGUGGCGGCCGACUGGACCGCGCUGGCGGAGGAGAUGGACUUUGAGUACUUGGAGAUCCGGCAACUGGAGGCGCACGCCGACCCCACUGGCAGGCUGCUGGACGCCUGGCAGGGACGCCCUGGCGCCUCGGUAGGCCGACUGCUGGAGCUGCUUACCAAGCUGGGCCGCGACGACGUGCUGUUGGAGCUGGGACCCAGCAUUGAGGAAGAUUGCCAAAAGUAUAUCUUGAAGCAGCAGCAGGAGGAGGCUGAGAAGCCUUUACAGGUGGCCGCUGUAGACAGCAGUGUCCCACGGACAGCAGAACUGGCGGGCAUCACCACACUUGACGACCCCCUGGGGCAUAUGCCUGAGCGUUUCGAUGCCUUCAUCUGCUAUUGCCCCAGCGACAUCCAGUUUGUGCAGGAGAUGAUCCGGCAACUGGAACAGACAAACUAUCGACUGAAGUUGUGUGUGUCUGACCGUGAUGUCCUGCCUGGCACCUGUGUCUGGUCCAUUGCUAGUGAACUCAUCGAAAAGAGGUGCCGCCGGAUGGUGGUGGUAGUCUCUGAUGAUUACCUGCAGAGCAAGGAAUGUGACUUCCAGACCAAAUUUGCACUCAGCCUCUCUCCAGGUGCCCAUCAGAAGCGACUGAUCCCCAUCAAGUACAAGGCAAUGAAGAAAGAGUUCCCCAGCAUCCUGAGGUUCAUCACUGUCUGCGAUUACACCAACCCCUGCACCAAAUCUUGGUUCUGGACUCGCCUUGCCAAGGCCUUGUCCCUGCCCUGAAGACUGUUCUGAGGCCCUGGGUGUGCGUGUAUCUGUCUGCCUGUCCAUGUACUUCUGCCCUGCCUCCUCCUUUGGUUAUAGGAGGAAUCUGUGCUCUACUUGCCUCUCAAUUCCUGGAGAGGCCAACUUCACAGACACAUCUGCAGCAGCUGGACAUCACAUUUCAUGUUCUGCAUGGAACCAUUAGCUGUGAGUGGCAUGUCCACUUGCUGGAUUAUCAGCCAGGACAGUAUAGAACAGGACCAGCUGGGGCUAGGAGAAGGACCAGCAGAGCCAGCUCUGCUCUGAGCCAUUCAUACAUCUUCAGCUUCAGUUUCCUCACUUGAGGAGUAGGAUGGGGAGAACAGAGAGUAGCUAUGUUUGAAUCCCUGUAGGGAAAGGUGAAGCAUAGCUCCGGGUCUCCUGGGGGAGGGCAGUCUUGGUUGCGGGAGAGCUGGCUGUUGCUGGACUACAUGUUGGCCACUGCUGUGACCACGACACUGCUGAGGCAGCUUCUUCCACGAUGAUGCCUACUGAUGCUUCAGUGCCUCUCUGCACACCUCCCAUUCCACUUCCCCACAGGGCAGCACAAGGAGAUCCCACCUUGAGCCUUAUUUCUUAAUGAGUCCACCUCUCAUCUGCAUCUUUGACACCUCCCAGCUUCUGCCCAACCUUCAGCAGUGAUGAGUCCCCAAGAGACUUGCCUGAGCAGCUUGAGCUGCUUUUCAUUUCCGCCUGUCAGGAUGCCUGUGGUCGUGCUCUCAGCUCCACCUGGCAUGAGAAGGGAUCCUAGCCUCUGGCAUAUUCAUCAAGUAUGAGUUCUGGGGAUGAGUCACUGUAAUGGUGUGAGCAGGGAGCCUUCCUCCCUGGGCCACCCUCUGAGAGCUUUCCCACCAACUUUGUACCUUGAUUGCCUUACAAAGUUAUUUGUUUACAAACAGCGACCAUAUAAGAGCCUCCUGCCCCAAAGCUUGUGGGCACAUGGGCACAUACGAACUCACACACAGACACACACAUAUGUACAGAUGUGCACUCUCACACACACAGGCAGCUGCAUACGAACGUUUCUCUAGGUACAGCUCCCAGGAACAGCUAGGUGGGAAAGUCCCAUCAUUGAGGGAGCCUAACCAUGUCCCUGAACAAAAAUUGGGCACUCUUGUAUUCCUUUUCUCUUGUGUCCCUACUCAUUGAAACCAAACUCUGGAAAGGACCCAGUGAACUGGUAUUUAUACCUCUAAUGAAGCACAGAGAGAGGAUAGCUGCGUAAACUCACACAACAAUGAACUACAGACACAGCUGUUCUCUCCCUCUCUCCUUCCCAGAGUGAUUUGUACAUUACUCUCAAGCUGUCCUUUGGGGACAAGGUGUCAUGGUCUUAAGUGUCUGUGCCCCAGGGCAGACCUUAGGACCCUAAAUCCAAUAGAAAAUGCAUCUCUUUGCUCCACUUUCAGCCAGGCUGGAGCAAGGUGUCUUUUCUCAGGAUCUUGGGAGGGAAUAUGGAGGCCCCUGUAUGUAUGAUCUUGUUGAGGUGUUUAGCUGCCAUGCACCUGUUCCCCUUUAAUAUUGGGAAUUUUAGAGCAAUCUCAAGAAGCAUCUUCUACAUAUUUUGUAUGCAUUAUAAUAAUUUCAAAGAUAUCUGAGAAAAGCCUAUAUUUGCCAUUCUUCUGUAUCCUGGAAUACAUCCUGCAUCCUGAGUUUAUCAUAAUAAAGAAUAUUCUACCUUGGAAA